UGCCCUUACCCUCUUUCCCAACCCUCGUUCUCUAUUUCUCCCCAUCUCUAUCCGGCAGAAAAUGAGCUUUUUGUUUUUUUUUUUCUCUGCCCAUCAUCUCUCUCUACUCACCAUCUCUCUCUACCAACCCCCUCUCUCUCCUCUCUCUCUCUUUCUCUCUAUACCUGCACUCUCCACAGUAUUCCCACUAAAAUAUUAUCUCUCUUCAGGUUGAGGGGACCUAAAUCGGAGAUUGACAAUCUUAAGAAGUAUGUCAAUCCUCGAGAAGUGCAUGUUCAAGUGACCCAUUCGAUGCCUCCCCAAAAAGUUGAGAUCUUUAAAUCCUUGGAGGAUUGGGCAGGUCACAAUAUCUUGGUCCACCUGAAAGCUGUAGAGAAGUCAUGGCAGCCUCAGGAUUUCUUGCCUGACCCAUCUUCUGAGGGUUUUCUCGAUGAAGUGAGGGACCUAAGGAAGCAGGCUGAGGAAAUGCCAGAUGAUCACUUUGUUUGCUUGGUUGGAGAAAUGAUCACUGAGGAAGCUUUGCCCACCUAUCAGACAAUGCUUAAUACCCUCGAUGGUGUUCGUGAUGAUACUGGGGCAAGCCCAACUUCUUGGGCACUUUGGAACAGGGCCUGGACUGCUGAAGAGAACAGGCAUGGUGACCUUCUAAACAAGUACUUCUACUUAUGUGGGAGAGUGGAAAUGAGGCAUAUCGAAAAGACGGCUCAGUAUCUUAUUGGAUUCCCUCUUCUCACUGCUCUCAACAAACAAGGUCAAGAAAGACAGAGGCUAGCAGGCCAAAGAGACAUAGAAGAGAGCGAGAGGGAGAGUAUUCAGCAUGAGGACAGAGAAUGUGUCUUGUGAUAAUGGUGGCCAUCUGCAUGCUAGGCGAGGCUGCGGCAGCACGUGUGAUCAAGGCAGCAGCCCAACCAGUUGCACCACCAUCGGGAGUUCCGCGAAGCUACAAGUGCUGGAAUGCAUACAAUGAAUUCGCUUAUGAGAUACUGGCUUACUAUGAUGAAGCAAUUCUACCGAGCGAGAGGAUUUGCAAAGCAUUUGAAGCUCUCAAUCCGAAUUGCUUCCCUGCGAUGUUUAUUGACUUUGGUCUCGACUUGGGUACCGCUAAGAGACUGAAAGUCUACUGCGAUGCGGGUGCCGCUCCCGCACCUCAGCCUUCUGCAUGAUGAGUGGCCUGGAUUCGCUGUUUUGGCUAGAGAAUGGAUGGUUGAUGUGCUUUCUUUCUUCUUCUGCUUUUUUGUGAGACAUGCUCGUAGGUUUUUGCGUGGCUAUGGCUGAGGCUUCUCUCUUUCUUCUUUUUGUUGGGCUUCUGUUAUGGCAUGUUAAUGUUGCAGUAGCAAUGGAAUAUUAAUGUCGUAUGACACACUUAAAAAG